GAAGGAGGCGGGCCCUGCGCGCAGCAUUUUGGGAAAGAGUGGAAUUCUGGGAGCUAGGCCCGCCAUUCGCUUGACUCACGCCUUCGCCGUAGCAUCUUUCGCAGCGGACCGAAGAGAAGAAAAGUAGGCCAGAGCCGAACUCUCUUCCUGCCAAGAUGUCUAUUGGUGUGCCGAUUAAAGUACUGCAUGAGGCCGAGGGCCACAUUGUGACAUGUGAGACGAACACCGGUGAGGUAUAUCGGGGGAAGCUCAUUGAAGCAGAGGACAACAUGAACUGCCAGAUGUCCAACAUCACAGUCACAUACAGAGAUGGCCGAGUGGCACAGCUGGAGCAGGUAUACAUCCGUGGCAGCAAAAUCCGCUUUCUGAUUUUGCCUGACAUGCUGAAGAACGCACCCAUGUUAAAGAGCAUGAAAAAUAAAAACCAAGGCUCAGGGGCUGGCCGAGGAAAAGCUGCUAUUCUCAAGGCCCAAGUGGCCGCAAGGGGAAGAGGACGUGGAAUGGGACGUGGAAACAUCUUUCAAAAGCGAAGAUAAUUUUCUAAGUGGAACAGAACUUUGUCCUUUUUUCUUUCAGGUUAUCUGAGUUCAUUGGAGUGGGUGCUUGUGCAUAUGUGCUAGGUAUCUUUUGCCAUCUUUCUCUUUAGAUCAGGGGAAAUGUUUAAGCUAAAUAAAUCUGGGGGGUUUUUUGUUC